CAGAAAUACACUGUGGUGAAAUGCUUCUACCUCUUGCCAAAAUGAGCACUGAAGAAAAAUGAAGAGGACUGAAGAACACCAGCGAAAAGUUGCAGAAUAGAAAUAGCCACACUCCUCUGGAGUCUUUAAUUCAUCUACAGCCAUCACAAAAAGGUGUUUGCAUCAUGUUUGGGAAGAAAAAGAAAAAGAUUGAAAUAUCUGGCCCAUCCAACUUUGAACACAGGGUUCAUACUGGGUUUGAUCCACAAGAGCAGAAGUUCACUGGCCUUCCUCAGCAGUGGCACAGCCUGUUAGCAGACACCGCCAACAGACCGAAGCCCAUGGUUGACCCUUCAUGUAUCACUCCCAUACAGCUGGCUCCCAUGAAGACAAUCGUUAGAGGAAACAGGCCUGGCAAGGAAGCCUCCAUCAAUGGCCUGCUGGAGGAUUUCGACAACAUCUCUGUGACUCGCUCCAACUCCUUAAGGAAAGAGAGCCCACCCACCCCAGACCAGGGAGCCUCCAGUCAUGUUCCAGGCCAUUUGGAAGAAAAUGGCUUCAUCACCUUCUCCCAGUAUUCCAGUGAAUCUGAUACUACUGCUGACUAUGCGACCGAAAAGUACAGAGAAAAGAGUCUCUAUGGAGAUGAUCUGGAUCCGUACUUCAAGGGUAGCCAUGCAGCCAAGCAAAAUGGACACGUAAUGAAAAUGAAACAUGGGGAGUCCUACUAUUCUGAGAUGAAGCCUUUGAAAUCUGACAUUGCCAGGUUUCCUGUCGAUUAUCACUCACAUUUGGACUCGGUGAGCAAACCAAGUGAAUACAGUGACCUCAAGUGGGGGUAUCAGAGAGCCUCAAGUAGCUCUCCUCUGGAUUACCCAUUCCAAUUCACGCCUUCUAGAACUGCAGGGACCAGCGGGUGCUCCAAGGAGAGUCUGGCUUACAGUGAAAGCGAGUGGGGACCCAGCCUGGAUGACUAUGACAGGAGGCCAAAGUCCUCGUACCUGAAUCAGACGAGCCCCCAGCCAACCAUGAGGCAGAGGUCCAGGUCAGGCUCGGGGCUCCAGGAGCAGAUGAUGCCAUUUGGAGCAAGUGCAUUUAAAACCCAUCCCCAAGGACACUCAUACAACUCCUACACCUAUCCUCGCUUGUCCGAGCCCACAAUGUGCAUUCCAAAGGUGGAUUACGAUCGGGCACAGAUGGUCCUCAGCCCUCCACUGUCAGGGUCCGACACCUACCCCAGGGGCCCCGCCAAACUACCUCAAAGUCAAAGCAAAGCAGGCUAUUCCUCAAGCAGCCACCAGUACCCGUCUGGGUACCACAAAGCCACCCUGUACCACCACCCAUCCCUGCAGAGCAGUUCACAGUACAUCUCCACGGCCUCUUACCUGAGCUCCCUCAGCAUCGCCUCCAGCACCUACCCCCCACCCAGCUGGGGCUCCGCCUCAGACCAGCAGCCCUCCAGGGUGUCUCAUGAACAGUUUCGAGCGGCCCUGCAGCUGGUGGUCAGCCCAGGAGACCCCAGAGAAUACUUGGACAACUUUAUCAAAAUCGGGGAAGGCUCGACCGGCAUCGUGUGCAUUGCCACGGAGAAACACACAGGGAAACAAGUGGCAGUGAAGAAAAUGGACCUUCGGAAGCAGCAGAGGCGGGAGCUGCUUUUUAAUGAGGUAGUGAUCAUGCGGGAUUAUCACCACGACAAUGUGGUCGACAUGUACAACAGCUACCUUGUUGGCGAUGAGCUCUGGGUGGUCAUGGAGUUUCUAGAAGGUGGUGCCUUGACAGACAUUGUUACUCACACCAGAAUGAAUGAAGAGCAAAUAGCUACUGUCUGUCUGUCAGUUCUGAGAGCUCUCUCCUACCUUCAUAACCAAGGAGUGAUUCACAGAGACAUAAAGAGCGACUCCAUCCUCCUGACAAGUGACGGCCGGAUAAAGCUAUCUGACUUUGGUUUCUGUGCUCAAGUUUCCAAAGAGGUGCCCAAGAGGAAAUCAUUGGUUGGGACUCCCUACUGGAUGGCUCCUGAGGUGAUUUCUAGGCUACCUUAUGGGACAGAGGUAGACAUCUGGUCCCUUGGGAUCAUGGUGAUAGAAAUGAUUGAUGGUGAGCCCCCCUACUUCAAUGAGCCUCCCCUCCAGGCAAUGCGGAGGAUCCGGGACAGUUUGCCUCCAAGAGUGAAAGACCUACACAAGGUUUCUACAGUGCUCCGGGGAUUCCUAGACCUGAUGUUGGUGAGGGAGCCCUCUCAAAGAGCCACAGCCCAGGAACUCCUUGGACAUCCAUUCCUAAAAUUGGCAGGUCCACCAUCUUGUAUCGUUCCCCUCAUGAGACAAUACAGGCAUCACUGAGCAGAGGAUUCAUAUAGGUGACAAAGCUAGAUGAGGACUUGAGAAUAAUUCAAGAGAACAUGAGGAAACCACAGAACUUGCAAAAGGCUUGUGCAUUCUAGACCAGCUGAUUGGUGGGACAGUGUGGUGACCGGCAGGGUUCGACAGACCAGGGCAUCUUCUUGUGUCUUAAGCAGGCAUCUCUCCAUUGACAGCUGGCAUGGUCAUUUGGAGCACGGCUUUAAUAAGUCAUAUAAUAUUUUUCAGCCCUUCAUCCAGCAAAUCAGAAGGACUUAGUACAAACUCCGUUAUGAUAUAUCCUAGCCACAUGCAGGGUAAUGCAUAGGAUUUUCUAUAUUGAAAGAAUACUUUUCUGGCAAAAAAAAAAAAAAAAAAAGAAAGAAAGGAAAACAAAAAGCACUUUUUUCUUAAUGGUAGCAGUAUAAUGUAUUUUGCAAUGAAUUUGUAAUUUUUCUGUAUGAUAGUUUUGAUAAUUUAUAGUACUUUGAUGUCAUGUAGCCAUUGUAUCAGUUGAAGUAAUACUUGUUUACUAGCAGGAGUUUGAACAAAGCCUUUCCUACUUUUUUAUCCCUUUCAGAGAACCAAUGAUUCUUUAGGAACUUUGAAUACUGAAUGACUCUCAAUCACCGUCAGCUUUAGUAGAAUAUCUUUCUUAUCCUAACAAGUGUCUUAUGUGAUGGAAGAAGAAUUCAGAGUGAUGGUGAUAGUGUGCACGUUUCAUUAAUCCAACCAAAAAUAAUGAAAUAAAUUUGAGCCACAAUAUACCAUCAAACUACUCCUUGGGGAGAACGCUAAAUAUUUUUGAAAAAUCAUUUUUUCAUCAAGACUUCCAGUAGCAAACCAUUUUUGCACACCAGGAUGUUUCCCUUAGUGCCCAUCCUCAAAUGGGUAUGGCAUCCCCUUGUGGCCAAAUUUCCCUCCCAGGGAGCAAUUUCAGUGCUAGGAUCAUUGGACUCGGUUCCCCAAUUUGAAUGUUUCAAGGAGACUGUGAGAAUUCUAGGCUCACAAAGGGAGAGGAGAGUGAACAGGGCAAGAUGUUUGGUUUCAUUUGUCACUGUUUUUAACAAUCUGUAUGCUAGCUCACCAAACUCUUGUCUGUAUUUAUCUUGGUACCACAGUAUUAAUUGCUAUUGUUCAUGUAUUGUGCUGGGAGUCUGGACUGACUCUAGAGGAUGAAUUAGCAAGGGAGUGUUUUACCAGGUAUGAUCUGAUUUCAGUUGUGCCCAUGUUAUAAUGUGUUUCCAACAUAGGAGAGUUGUGCUGCUGUCUAGAUCUUCUGAAUGUUGAUAAAAAUGAAUGACUACUACAAUACAUUUUGUGUUGCUUGUUGGAUGAAUUUGCAUGUUAACUGUAGGCCAAUAUAGAUUUGCCUUUAAAACUCUGGAAGAGCUACAUAGUCAUAAUUAGUUUCUAUCAAUUAUGCAUCUGACAAAAGCCAUUUGUUACCAAACUGGAGAAACAGAGGCUUUUCUUAAUAAUUUUACAUGCUGUAACAAAUAAGAAUUUAAAUUUGUGAAAAUGCUUUGGUUGUUCUAAGCAUAAUUAAGAAUUUUUGUAAUUAAUAGGUUGCUAAUUAUUUAUUACCGCUGAAAAGGAAAAAAAGGCAUAAAAUGACCUUCUACUGAUUAGAUUUUCAGUUUUCCUUCAAACUGGAAAUGCCUCACCAUAAAUAGAAUCUAUACUUUUGUUUCAUAAAACACAGCAAAUCAAUGUUUUGUGUAAAAUAUUACAGUAUUAAUAUAAAUAUAUAAAAUAAAAUGGCAGCCCUAAAAGUUCAUGAAAUAGAUUGUAUUAAUUUAACCAGGACUAUGUAGAAGUAGAAAGAAAGGAAAAUCUUUUUUAAACUAGAACAAACAUUUAAAACUGUUAAAGAAAAUAGUGGAUUUUGGAUCCUAAACAUUUUCGACAAUGUAAUGAGAAAUUUUUCUGUAAUUUUCUUACCAUUGGGUAUUUUUUAAGGUAUUCAUUGAAUUUACCAAAUUUGCAGUAACUUAAAAGGUUUUAUGAGCACUAACUAUUGGCAGAAACUGCUCUUGCAAAUAAAAAUAAAUGUUUGCCUUUUC